AUACUUGAUGACUGCGUAUAUAAUUCCAGGACGAUAAAUUUUAACGUAGUGACGGUUAUUCCAGUGAAUUGUUAAUUUGACGCAGCAUUAUUUUAGGUUUGUUAUGAUAUCAAUAGUGGUCCUGUUCGUGGUGGGCGUGGCCAGCUCAAGACACAUCAGCUACUACGACGGCUCCCCCAACUCCCGUCCAAUGAUAAGCCAGCAGCAGGAGCGUCGCAUCUGCGCCGAAUUGUGCAUGUCGGGGUUGGGGGGCGAGCCCUGCGGCUCCGACUGCCUGGACAUGAUCCCCCAAGGCCUGCCGACCAAAAGCUCGCAUCAGUCCUCCGAGGAGCCGUCGCCCGACUACACGCGCCAAGCCGUCUGUCCUGUGCUGUGCGAGAACCGCCUCGGCUUCCCGCUGUGCAACUGCACCUACUCGCUGCAGACGACGCUGCAGCCCUUCUUCCGCGUCAACUUCGUCGAGAUCUGCUCGCGCUUCUGCCUCCAGUACGGCUACCAGCUGUACGGAUGUAACACGUGCGACACCUACAGGAACAUGACGGGGAUCGCGUCCAAGGCCAGCCGCCAGCUCUACGACUGGAACUCCUGGUGCCUCAGCAUGUGCAAGGAGGGCGAUGGGGGCUCGGCCUGCUACUGCGACCUCCUGCCGCUGGGCCUCAAGCUUGAUUAACGAACGCUUAUCCUAGAUUCUUAGUAUUAGUUGCAGCCUGAGCUAAUAGAUGUACCUGCACAAUUCUAAAUCAUGUAAAUAGGGCGCAAAAUCAACAAAAUCGAUGAGUCUUCCAAAUGGUGUACAUAGUUUUGGAUUCAGUUCCAAAGUAUCAGAUAGAUCUAGAAUAAGCAUAUCAUUGUUAUCACAUCUGUAUUGUGUAAAUAAGCGUUUUGUACUACUUUACCAAACUUCUUCCUACUUGUGGUCAAUAAUUUCAGUGGACUAAGGAAUUUAGGCUGCAAUUGUGCAAAAUCAUUUCGUAGAUUAGUAGAUUUUUGUGUUAUAGAUUACUAUUUGUUAAACGAUUCUAUCAACUGUUGUGUAAAGACAAUAACUAUUUUAGGAACUGUAAAGUUAAAGCUAAAAAUGUGUAUCAUGUUGGGUUGUUUAGUCGAAUGUAUAAACAAAUUUUGGCUUUAAUUCAUCGUAUUGUUGUUAAUAGGCUUUCAAAGCAUUGUGAUUGUUGUUCUAAAACGCUUUCAUUCGUUUUGUAUUCGCUGUUGUUAUAAAAAAGAUACUAUUUCAGUCAAAUAUUGUAUUUUUUUACAUCAAUAAAUCCUCUAUUAUGUAUCUUGUAAUGUUAUAAAUAGAUAAUGUUCUGCAUUCAA